GACACAAAACAGCUUCAGAGAGCUACAGAACACUGGAUCUCCGAGUGUCUCACUUCAGAAAAUCUUUGCAAUGUUCCUUGCUAAAGCUUUGCUGAGUGGAGGAAGUGGUAGUAGUCGUGGAGGAAGCCUUGCACGUGGCCUUGGAGGGCUGCUAACAGGAGGUGGAGGUGCAGGGAAUAUUGGAGGACUACUUGUUGGAGGUCUCGUCAACCUUAUAAGUGAAGCAGCAGCUCAGUAUAAUCCAGAGCCACCUCCACCUCCUCGCAAUCAUUUUACAAAUGUGGAGGCUCAGGAGAGUGAUGAGAUCAGACAAUUUCGUCGCCUGUUUGCCCAGCUGGCUGGAGAUGAUAUGGAAGUGUGUGCCACCGAGCUAAGGGACAUCCUGAACAAAGUCCUUUCCAGACACCAAGACUUGAAGGCAGAUGGCUUCAGCUUGGACACCUGCCGUAGCAUGGUCGCCGUUAUGGACAGCGAUGCAAGCGGCAAACUGGGAUUUGAGGAGUUCAAGUAUCUGUGGAACAACGUCAAGAAGUGGCAAUGUGUGUACAAGCAGUACGAUGCUGGUCAGUCAGGCGCUGUUGGGAGAGCCCAGCUGCCAAACGCCUUGAAAGCUGCGGGGUUCCAGCUGAACGAGCAGCUGUGCCAGCUGAUCGUGCGCAGGUACGCCGCCGAGGAUGGCAGCAUGGAUUUCAACAGCUUCAUCAGCUGCCUGGUGCGCCUGGACAGCAUGUUCCGGGCCUUCAAGGCCCUGGACCAAGAUGGAAGUGGGCGCAUCAGAGUGACCAUUGAAGACUGGCUGCAGCUGACCAUGUAUUCGUGAAGGUGUGGCAAAGAAGUGGCUUUGUGUGGAAGAUACAGCUGGAGGACUACACUCCUCUGCUACACAACUGUAGUCUUUGCCUUUUGUCUUUCUAAGGCAGGUGUAGCUAUUGGUAGAUGGCUCAGCUUCAAGUGAUUCCUCUUGUGCAUGCACUAGUCUGCUUUUCUGAGGGGUCUGUGUAGGUUGUUGAUUGGGCAGUUGCGUAAGUUCAGAAACUUCUAGAUUCUAAGGUUAGGGAAUAUAUUUGGAAAGAUCCAAUAUAUUGGAAAGAUCAAAGCUUAGUUACUUUUUCAUGUAACGUGGCUUGUAUAACUAUUAUAUAAAAAAGCUCCUGUUUGGUGUUGAUAUUGCUGUUCUGAUUUGCCAGCAGUCACUAAGCUGGAAUAAAGGCUGUUUGCCUGAAGGCAGUCA